AUGUCUCAAGAGAUCAGAGGACACCCUCAAGCCCUCAUCGACGCCGAAAAGGGGAUUCUCGACACCCUGCCAGUGUCAUUAUCCCACUCCAAGGACGUUAAACCCCCUUCCGAUGACCCACUCCCCUCGAAGGAGAAGGAUGCGGGUGUUACAACAACAACCCAGGAAGUCAUCCUUUCAGAAAAACCUACAGCUAGUUCAGCGCCCAAGUCCAAGAUGGUGGUCUCUAAGUGGAUAUUAUGGAAUCUCUGGUUCAACACAUACAGAAAGUUUUUUACGUUCACUUUCGGCCUAAACAUGAUCGGUCUGGUUUUGGCGGCCUCUGGGCAUUUUCCAUACGGCGUAAAAUACUCUGGCACGAUCGUGGUUGCAAACUUCAACUUCGCCAUCCUAAUGCGAAACGAGGUUUUUGGCCGCUUCCUCUAUCUCUUCGUUAACACCUGUUUUGCCAAGUGGCCGCCAUUAUGGUUUCGCUUGGGUUGCACAUCCGUCUUACAACAUCUUGGCGGUAUUCACAGCGGCUGCGCACUCUCUGGGGUUAUUUGGCUUUUGUUCAAAGUCGUCAACAAUUUUCGGAAGCUCAAUGUCACUCAUGACGCCGUCUUGGUGAUGGGAGUAGUCACAAACCUGGCUGUCAUGAUCAGCGCUUUAAGUGCAUUUCCUUGGGUUCGGAAUACCCACCACAAUGUUUUUGAACGUCACCACCGAUUUGUUGGAUGGCUGGGCCUCAUCUGCACCUGGGUUUUUGUUAUCCUCGGCGAUACCUAUGAUCCAGUUACUCGCUCGUGGAAUCUCAACGGAAUUGAUCUUGUUCAUCAUCAGGAUUUUUGGUUCACGAUGGGGAUGACCAUUUUCAUCGCUCUGCCUUGGUUUUUCGUUAGGGAGGUGCCUAUCGACAUUGAACUUCCCUCACCAAAGGUUGCAAUCAUCCGCUUCAAACGCGGCAUGCAACAAGGUCUCUUGGGACGGAUCAGUCGCUCCUCGAUCAUGGAAUAUCAUGCCUUCGGGAUUAUAUCAGAGGGUCGACACGCGAAAUACCACUAUAUGAUUGCAGGUGUUCAAGGCGACUUCACACGAGGGCUCGUACAAAACCCACCGAAGACCAUCUGGACCCGGGAAUUGAAGUUUGCUGGAGUUUCUAAUACCUCCACCCUGUACAAGCGUGGUAUUCGUAUUUGUACCGGCACGGGCAUUGGCGCCGCCCUUUCAACAUGUCUACAAUCGCCUGACUGGUAUCUGAUAUGGAUCGGUUCCGAGCAAGAGAAGACGUUCGGGCCAACAAUUAGCCGGCUUAUCCAUGAAAAUAUUGAACCCGAACGUCUCACACUGUGGGACAGCAAGGCACGAGGAGGACGCCCAGAUACCAUGAAGAUUAUCAAAGAGGCGUACCAUUAUUGGGACGCUGAAGUCGUUUUCAUCACAUCGAAUUUCAUCGGAAAUUCCGAGAUUAUGCAAGGUUGCAAAGAGGCAGGUAUUCCGUGUUUCGGCACGCUGUGGGAUUUUUGA